UCUGCAGAACUGCAAAUCAACCGCCGUCUCCGGCGGCCGGUUAAAUCUGACGUGGGCCCAUUGAGUGGGCCCACAGAAGAAUCAGCAAUGCAUCGAAUGCUUCAUCACACCCACCAUGGCCCACACGGCCCCAUACUCAGAAAUCUCAAAUCUCUUCAGUCCUCAGCUCCGGCAGAGACUGCAAAGCCCAUCACAGCUCUCCAUAACCCGAUUAUCCAGAAUUAAAGACCCGAUUGGGCCCCACCCAAGAAGAAAACGACGCCGUUUCCCACCCGGUGCCGAUCUAUAAAGCCCGACCGAGCCCCCAUUCUCCCCCACCUCAGUUCAAAACCUCAACCCGAGACGCAGGAGGAAUGGGUCUGUUCGGCUUUCCGGGUCGGGUCGUCCUCGGCAUCCUGAUCCUCCUGGCGGCCUCAGCCGGAAGCGGAUCAUGCCGCCGGUCACCGGGCGAGGACCUGCUCCUUGCGGCGGCUCCGGCGGGAAGGGGGAUUUGUGCCACCGCGGUGAGAGUUCACGGGUACAAAUGCCAGGAGUUCGAAGUGAAGACAGAGGAUGGGUACAUACUGAGUUUGCAGAGGAUCCCAGAAGGGCUUUCUGGAAAUGGAGGGAGUGGGGAUAAGCAGAAGCCACCAGUGCUUAUACAGCAUGGCGUGCUUGUGGAUGGGAUGACGUGGUUUCUAAAUUCGCCUGAUAAAAGUCUACCGUUCAUUUUGGCGGAAAACGGGUUCGAUGUGUGGAUAGCAAAUGCCCGGGGCACCAACCAAAGCAAAGGCCAUGCAUCCCUCAGCUCGUCCGACCCGGAGUAUUGGAAUUGGUCAUGGGAGGAGUUGGCCGCCUAUGAUCUACCAGCUAACCUUGAUUUUGUGUUCAGCCAAACAGGUCAGAAGAGUCAUUAUGUGGGUCACUCACUGGGAACAUUGGUGGCACUGGUGGCCUUAUCAGAGGGAAAACUGUUGGACAGAAUGAGAUCAGCUGCUCUGUUGAGUCCUAUUGCUUAUCUGAGCCACAUGUCCACUCCCCUUCUUGUCCUUGCUGCUAAAUCUUUUGUUGGCGAGAUCACUGAAAUAUUUGGUCAUGCAGAGUUCAAUCUAAAAGGGCAGGAUGCAACUGACUUUCUCAAGUCUCUGUGCCAAAACAAUGGGAUAGACUGCUAUGACUUGCUAACUGCGCUCACAGGGAAGAAUUGCUGUCUCAACUCAUCCACUGUGGAUCUCUUCCUCAACUAUGAACCUCAAGCUACAUCCACCAAGAACUUGGUUCAUUUAUCUCAAAUUUACAGGUACAAGGAGGUGGCGAAAUACGACUACGUGAACGUCCUGACCAACAUGGAACACUACGGCAGCCCGCGGCCGCCGGCGUACGACCUGUCGAACAUUCCGGUGGACUUCCCCCUGUUCCUCAGCUACGGCGGCCGGGACACCCUCUCCGACGUGCCGGACGUCCAGCACCUCCUCGACGUCUUGAAGUCUCACGACGAAGACAAGUACAGCGUCCAGUUCAUCGAGAACUACGCUCACGCAGAUUUCAUCAUGGGAAUUUCCGCCAAGGACAUCGUCUACAAUCCGAUCAUUUCAUUUUUCAAUCGAAAUUGAUUCGUCUAGAUCGAUCGAGCACCGCCUCUUCACAGAAAUUAUAUAUGUCUCUAUAGAUGUGUUGAUCUGUCAUUCUUUGAGUAUAUAUAAAUAUUUAAGUAUUUUGAUGAAUAAGAAAUAAUAUUUUCGAUUUAUUGGAAA